AUGGGAACUCCAAUUGCUCCGGUCAAAAUAAGUCCUGGAGACAAAAUCAAGGAACAGUUUUUAGUGAAAAAGAAGCUUGGCGAAGGUGCAUGUGGUCAAGUGUUCCUCGUCGAAUUAUUGCAAGGGAAAGGUCGAGCUGCUAUGAAAAUUGAGCCGCUGAUGAAAAAUAAGGAAGACGAAAUUCUUAAAAUGGAGGUUUUCGUGCUUAAAAAAUUGCAAAACUCGCGUCACGUAUGCCGACUUUUAGGGUCGGGCAAAACGGAAACCUACACAUAUUUGGUGAUGAGCUUGCUAGGAAAAGAGAUUGGUGAUUUGCGGAGACGGCUGCCUGGCCGAAAAAUGUCAGCACCAUCAACGAUUCGGAUUUUCAUUCAAGUCGUUAAAGCUCUUCAAGACAUGCACGAGGCCGGAUUUGUUCAUAGGGAUGUGAAGCCGAGCAAUAUGGCCGUCGGACUGAAAAAUGAGCAAGUGGUCUACAUUUUUGACUUUGGCCUCUCAAGACAAAUCAUGUUUCCGGACGCGAGCGGCAAAUUGAAAUUGAGAGAUCCAAGAUCCAAAUCAGUGUUCCGGGGAACCGUUCGCUAUUGCAGUUUAAACGUUCAUUUGCACAAAGAGCAAGGAAGGCACGACGAUUUAUAUGGAGCUUUGUACGCAAUGAUCGAGACCUUGACAUCACAGCUUCCAUGGAAGGGAAAACCCAAGAAGGAGACGCAGACUUUAAAAGAGAAGACGACGGACGCUCAGCUGACAAAAGGAUGCCCAAAAUCGUUUUUGGAAAUUGCUCAAGGUCUGCGCAAACUCAAAUACAGCGACACACCCCCGUACAUGUCGUUUAUGGAAAAAUUGAAGAAUGAUUUGCCGAAGGGCACCAAGAUGACCGAUCCAUUUGAGUGGAAUUUGAAUAAAGCGCAGCUCGACGAAAAUGGCAAUGAGAAGUCGGAUCGUGAUAAUGCCGAACGAGGUGAAGGUGCUGACACCGUCAACGAAGUGGAUGAAAGCGUUGUAACGGAAGAUCGCAAUACUGGGGAAUCGUCAAAGGAUGCAGAAGAAUAUGGAAAAGAAGAUACUCUUGAAGGAUUAUAA